CGGGCGUGAGGCUGUGCUGCACACCUGCACAGCCUGUCUUCCACUAAGACAUCCUGAAAGCCCCAGUUCCGAGGAAGUUUCCAUGGCUUUUGUCCGUGUUGCGCGCAACCGCGGUAUUGAACUUUUGAUGCGAUCAGGAAUUCUGCUCAGGCUAAAACUGUCAGGGAGCGCGAUAGCCUGAUGUGCGCUCUGCCACUUCCUCACGCCACAGCAACAUCCUCAGAGUCUCAGCAAGCUGCGCCCAGCGCGGGCACGGAGCCUGCCACCGCCCGCUGCAGCCAGCGCAGUGACAGUGCCUCGCCGCCCCCAGCCUGCGGACCACCAUGGCUAAGAACCGCAGGGACAGGAACAGCUGGGGUGGAUUUUCAGAAAAAUCAGGUGAAUGGAGCUCAGAAGAGGAGGAGCCAGUGAAAAAGGCAGGACCCGUGCAAGUCCUUAUUGUCAAAGACGACCAUUCCUUUGAGUUAGAUGAGGCGGCACUGAAUCGGAUCCUGCUCUCCGAGGCCGUGCGGGACAAGGAGGUGGUUGCGGUGUCUGUUGCUGGAGCCUUUAGGAAAGGAAAGUCCUUCCUGAUGGACUUCAUGCUGCGGUACAUGUACAACCAGGAGUCAGUUGAUUGGGUUGGAGAUUACAAUGAACCACUGACUGGAUUUUCAUGGAGAGGUGGAUCUGAACGAGAGACUACAGGAAUCCAGAUAUGGAGUGACGUUUUCCUUAUCAAUAAACAGGAUGGUAAAAAGGUUGCGGUGUUACUGAUGGAUACUCAGGGAACCUUUGAUAGUCAAUCAACUUUGCGAGAUUCGGCCACAGUGUUUGCCCUUAGCACAAUGAUAAGCUCAAUACAGGUGUAUAACUUAUCCCAAAAUGUCCAGGAGGAUGAUCUUCAGCACCUCCAGCUUUUCACUGAAUAUGGCAGGCUGGCCAUGGAGGAAACAUUCCUGAAGCCCUUUCAGAGUUUGAUAUUUCUCGUUCGAGACUGGAGUUUCCCCUACGAAUUCUCAUAUGGGGCUGAUGGUGGUGCCAAGUUCUUGGAAAAACGCCUCAAGGUCUCAGGGAACCAGCACGAAGAACUGCAGAACGUUCGAAAGCACAUCCACUCCUGCUUUACCAACAUUUCCUGUUUCCUGCUACCUCAUCCUGGCCUAAAAGUAGCUACCAAUCCAAACUUCGAUGGAAAACUGAAAGAAAUAGAUGAUGAAUUCAUCAAAAACUUGAAAAUACUGAUUCCUUGGUUACUUAGUCCUGAAAACCUCGACAUCAAGGAAAUCAAUGGGAAUAAAAUCACCUGCCGAGGUCUGGUGGAGUACUUCAAGGCUUACAUAAAGAUCUAUCAAGGUGAAGAAUUACCACACCCCAAAUCCAUGUUACAGGCCACAGCAGAAGCUAACAAUUUAGCAGCCGUUGCAACUGCCAAGGACACAUACAACAGAAAGAUGGAAGAGAUUUGUGGAGGUGACAAGCCAUUUCUGGCCCCUAAUGACCUGCAGACCAAGCAUCUGCAGCUCAAAGAAGAGUCUGUGAAGCUGUUCCGAGGGGUGAAAAAGAUGGGCGGGGAAGAGUUUAGCCGGCGUUACCUGCAGCAGUUGGAGAGUGAAAUAGAUGAACUGUACAUCCAGUAUAUUAAGCACAACGAUAGCAAAAAUAUCUUCCACGCAGCUCGCACCCCGGCCACACUGUUUGUCGUCAUCUUUAUCACGUAUGUGAUUGCUGGGGUGACUGGGUUCAUUGGCUUGGACAUCAUAGCCAGCCUGUGCAACAUGAUCAUGGGACUGACCCUCAUCACCUUGUGCACCUGGGCGUACAUCCGGUACUCCGGAGAAUACCGGGAGCUCGGCGCCGUCAUAGACCAGGUGGCUGCAGCUUUGUGGGACCAGGGAAGCACAAAUGAGGCUUUAUACAAGCUUUACAGUGCAGCAGCAACCCACAGACAUCUGUAUCAUCAUGCUUUUCCUGCACCAAAGUCAGAAGCUCCUGAACAAUCGGAAAAGAAGAAAAUUUAAUCCAAAUUUUAAAAAUACAAGUGCAUGACCAGCUGUCAGUUAAAUAUUGUUUUUUGUUUCCAUGCAAACAUUCAAAGUGCUUCCAUGAGAACAGAAUAAAAUACCAUACACUUCCAA